AUAGAUGUCAUAUCUGUCACCGUGGUUUUUGGAGGUUAUGUUCAAUUAAAAAACCUUCCUUUACAGUAUUUUAUCGAAUUGUGAUAUCAACUUGUUUGUACUUAUUUCUUACAUUAAUCUUUUCCAAAAUGACAGAAAAUAUGGAAACCAAACUCAACAAUUUGAGUAUUGAAAAUCCUAAUGAUGACGAAGAUAUCGUAGAUCCUUGGAAUGUCGUAAGCAAGUCUGAGAAAGGGAUUGAUUACGACAAAUUAAUAAAAAAAUUCGGAAGCUCUAAAAUUGACUCGGAAUUAUUAGAUCGUUUCGAGAAGGUAAUCAAACAGAAAGUUCAUCAUUUUCUAAGAAGAGGCAUUGUUUUUUCACAUCGUGAUCUCAAUUCUAUUCUAAAUCAGUAUGAAUCAGGCAAGCCGUUCUAUCUGUAUACAGGCCGAGGCCCAUCUUCUAGUUCAAUGCAUUUGGGCCAUCUUGUGCCAUUCAUGUUCUGCAAAUGGUUGCAAGAUACGUUCAAUGUUCCUCUUGUGAUUCAACUAACUGAUGAUGAGAAAUGUUUUUGGAGAAAUAUUCAGAUGGAAGAUGCACAACAGAUGGCUUUUGAAAAUGCAAAAGAUAUUAUUGCAAUAGGCUUUGAUAUCAAUAAAACUUUCAUUUUUUCAGAUCUCAAUUAUAUGGGGCAGUGCCCUGAAUUUUAUCAAAAUGUAAUCAGAAUUCAGAGGUGUGUAACUUUUAAUCAAGUGAAAGGAAUAUUUGGUUUUGAUGACAGUACACCGAUUGGAAAAAUAGCAUUUCCAGCCAUUCAAGCCACUCCAGCUCUAUCCACAUCAUUUCCGCACAUAUUUGGUAAACAGAAACUGCCAUGUCUCAUUCCUUGUGCAAUAGAUCAGGACCCCUACUUCAGAAUGACCCGAGAUGUAACACCAAGGAUAGGCUAUCAAAAACCUGCAUUAUUACAUUCCAGGUUCCUUCCUGCUCUGCAGGGGGCCCAAACAAAAAUGUCAUCUUCUGAUGAAAAUUCAACCAUUUUCUUAACCGAUAGCGCAAAAAAAGUGAAGAACAAAGUAAAUAAACAUGCCUUCUCUGGUGGUCAAGCUACUGUUGAGGAACAUAGGGAAAAAGGUGGAAACUGUGAUAUUGAUAUCUCAUUUCAAUAUCUGUCAUUUUUCCUAGAAGACGAUGAGAGAUUAGAACAAAUAAAGAAAGAUUAUAGCAGUGGUGCUCUGCUGACAGGAGAAUUGAAGAAGAUACUCAUUGAUACAAUUACUCCUAUUAUAACCAGGCAUCAGGAAGCUAGGGCAAAAGUAACUGAUGAAUUGGUUAGACAGUUCAUGACACCAAGGAAAUUGGAUUUAUAAGAUCAAGCUUAAAUAAGUGUACAUGUUAAUUUAUUAUAAUAUUAAAAAGCAAA